AUGGCAUUUUUAUUACUACUCCUCUUGUUCGGCGUGUGCUCGGUCCUCGCUACACCCACGAAACGCGCAUCCUGGAAAUACCUGCAGACAACGCAACAUGGUGGUGUUGCGUUCGGCCUAGGCAAUCAAACGUACUUUGCGAAUGUUCGGCAUCCUAAAGCCAUCGUCGAUGGUGAUUACUCGGCUAUAGCGGAUCAGUCGAGCGCAUUGCUGCCGUUCACCGUUAUAUUCACUGGUGAUGAGAUCGUGACGGGCGAGUAUCUGCAGAAUGUUGUCGCAAGCUACUUGGCGGGCGAUGAUGUAUUCUCCGAGGAUUUUCUUGAGGGUGUCUACAUCGCGAGCAACGAAACAAGCAACGGCACAAGCAGUAGUCCGACUCUCGAUGCGAGCGCAUUGGAAUAUCUGAACAGCCUUGCACCAAAACAUUUGCUUUUGGAUGCCGUUUUCGAACAGAGCCAUCCUUCCUCGGAGAUAACAGCCACCUACGUAACCACCCCAAGUAGUAAUCUCACCGCCGGGCCCUAUGUCGCAUCUAUCUCAGCGUCUUCAAUAACAUUCAACACAGUAUACCUUCUCUACCGAGACUCCCAUCGCGAUUUUCUCUACGGCACAUACGACUCCAACGACGGCAAUGGUACAUUUAACCCGGUCGAAAUAUCCUACUCCCGGUUCUGGGAUCCGAUGAUCCCAGUACCAUCUCGGAUCUACAGUUGGAGUGAUCCGCGACCGUUAGCCGGGUCCCGUGUCGCUAUUAAGGAUCUAUUCGACAUGAAGGGCUUAAUCACUUCAGGCGGUAGCCAAGCAUGGGCCGAAAUAGUCGAGCCCGUGAAUGAGACUGCGCCGUCUGUCCAACGCAUUGUUGAUCUCGGUGGUGUUCUAGUGGGUAAGUACAAACUGGCGCAAUUCGCUUCGGGUGCAGAUCCUUGGGAGUGGCAAGAUGAGCAUUAUCCUUUCAACCCGCGUGGCGAUGGGUGGCUCACAUGCUCGGCAUCGUCGUCGGGUGGUGGGUGUUCUGUCGCUGCGUAUGACUGGCUUGAUUUUGCUAUUGGUUCUGAUACGGGAUCUUCGAUGAGGCGACCGGCGGCAGUUUCGGGGACGUACGGGAAUAGACCUAGUCAAGGACUCAUGAGUCUAACCGGGGUUAUGCCUCUCGGCGCUGCGACGGAUACGGCCGGUGUAUUCUCCCGGAAUGUGCACGACUGGGUGCAUUUCGCUAAGAACUGGUAUAUCCCCGAGUUAUGUCAGGACUCUUCCGUCACAGGUUUAAGCCCCCUUAAGGCACCCGACUCCUACGGGUUUCCGAAGCGCGUGCUUUACCUCACAGAUUACUUACCUCUCCGAAACCCAGCCGCAGAAGAGGUUCUCCAGGCAUUCAUCCAAAACAUGACAUCAGUCUUCGGCAUGACAGUCGAGAACUUCAACCUAACAGCAGCCGUCUACAACACUACCGACGACGUCCCCAAAUACGGCGCCCUGGAAAACAUAACAGGAGUCCUAGACACCAUGACGCAAUGGCAAGUCGUAGGGCAACCCCUAAUCACAACAUGGGCCGAGCGCUACGAAGGCCGUUUCCCACCCAUCGACGCAGCGCGGCGGGAUAUAUGGACGAACUACAGCGAAUCCUACUUCACCGACGAGUUAUACAACCAAUCCAUCGCGUUCAAGCGAGCGGCCGUAGACUGGUUCGAAUCUGAAAUCUUAUAUUCGACGGAAGAGUCUUGCAGCGAGAGUAUUAUGCUCUGGGACAUCGGAACAGGUGGUCUACCAAGUUACCGCGAGGAAUCGCUAAACGGCUGGCCAGGCACGACUUCGUUCCUUGCGACUACGCCGCCGACGGCGGGUAUUAACGGCGCAUACCUGUGUCCGUUUUACGGAUGCGUUGAUAUGACGAUCCCGAUUGGGCAGGUGCCGUAUUCGAGUAAUGUCACGUUCGUCGAGGAGAUGGUGCCGGUGACUAUAAGCGUUAUCGCGAAACGAGGUUGUGAUUUUAUGCUGUGGAAUAUGUGGGAGAAGCUUGCAGAUGAGGGCGUGCUUAAGACUAUUAAGACGGGGAGGACCGCAUUUUAA